AUGCAAGAUCCUGCAGAUCGUGAUCUGUCAACCAACCAUUUGACAGGACCAACUCCAGUCAAUGGCUCCUUUCAACUUUUCACUUCUAUAAGUUUCGCCACCACCUUCCGUUUCUCCACCACGAUCAUCUUCUUCUUCAGCUUGAUGUACGGAAGUAUACAAUUCACACCUCCACGUAGUACAGGGUUCUCCUGUAAUCAACAUAGAGAAAAACAAGUAUAUAAGAGGCGCUCUAAUGGGAGUACCCUUUACCGCUCUGUUAGUCACAAUCAUGUGGUUAAGAAUGCUGUAAACUAUCUUCUAAAUUGUACAGUUUCCCUAUUACUGUUGCAUCAUGUCCUUGAUCAAAUGAGAACAUCUUCACUGGGCAAUAGUGCCACUAGGGCUAUUGCUGGAGGAGUUGCUGCUGGUUCUGCUCUGCUGUUUGCUGCCCCUGCAAUGGCUCUUGCUUUGUGGCGACGAAGGAAACCUGAGGAUCAUUUCUUCGAUGUUCCUGCUGAAGAGGAUCCGGAAGUUCAUCUAGGACAGCUCAAGAGGUUCUCUUUGCGUGAACUACAAGUUGCAUCAGAUAAUUUUAGCAACAAAAAUAUUAUUGGUAGAGGUGGAUUUGGUAAGGUCUACAAAGGUCGCUUGGCUGAUGGUUCUCUGGUGGCUAUAAAAAGACAAAAAGAGGGGCGUACUCAAGGUGGGGAGUUGGAGUUCCAAACAGAAGUAGAAAUGGCCAGCAUGGCUUUGCAUCGAAAUCUACUUCGUUUACGUGGUUUUUGCAUGACACCGACAGAACGGGUGCUUGUUUAUCCGUUCAUGGUUAAUGGAAGUGUUGCAUCAUGUUUAAGAGAGCGAGGUGAAUCACAGCCACCACUUGUUUGGCCAAUAAGGAAGCGAAUUGCACUGGUAGCUGCAAGGGGCCUUGCUUAUUUGCAUGAUCAUUGUGACCCGAAGAUAAUUCACGGUGAUGUCAAAGCUGCAAACAUAUUGUUAGAUGAGGAGUUUGAAGCAGUUGUUGGAGACUUUGGGUUGGCCAAACUCGUGGACUACAACGAUACUCAUGUCACCACUGCUGUACGUAACACAAUUGGGCAUAUAGCUCCUGAGUACCUCUCCACCGGAGAGUAUUCAGAGAAAACUGAUGUUUUUGGAUAUGGGUUUACGCUUCUUGAACUCAUCAGUGGGCAGAGGGCUUUCGACCUUGCUCGACUUGCCAAUGAUGAUGAUGUCAUGUUGCUUGAUUGGGUAACGGGACUUCUGAAGAAAAAGAAGUUGGUAACAUUGGUUGACGCCGAUCUUCAAGGUAAUUAUGUUGAUGAAGAGGUGGAGGAGCUAAUACAGGUAGCUUUGCUCUGCACACAGACUUCCCCAAUGCAACGCCCCAAGAUGUCAGACGUGGUUAGGAUGCUUGAAGGUGAUGGCUUGGCGGAGAGGUGGGAAGAGUGGGAGAAGGAGGAGGUGUUCCGGGAAGAGGUUAACCACACCCACCACCCAAAUACUGAUUGGAUCAUUGCCGAUUCAACUUCCAAUCUCAGCCCUGAUGAAUUGUCCGGUCCAAGAUGA